AUGACGAGGAAGGAUAGUGGCGAUGUUUGGAUAAUUGGAAGAGUCGAAAAGGAGAUUUAUGAAAAUUCAAAGAAUGACGGUAUAUCCGACAACGUGUUGGGUGAUAAUAUCAUUGAUUCGGAAGAUGAUUAUGAUACUCGCGAUAAAGCAAAGGUUGACCCAGACCACCUGAGACGAACUCCGUUUCAAAAAAAGCUGUAUCACUUCUUUGAAGAACCCCAGAGUCUUGCUGCGAGAUUUUUCUCGGUUUUUUCUGCUUUGUGCACUAUUGGAACCGUGUCUUUAGUCUGUGUUAAUUCUCUACCAAAGUAUGAGCUGUCUGAUCGGCCGUUAUUGUUGCCACUUCGUAUUCUCUUCAGUAUGAUAUUUACUAUAGAAUAUUUGGGGAGAUUCUUUGCCUCUGUGGAUAAAAAAAAGUAUUUUUUCGGAAUAAUGAGUAUACUCGACUUGAUCGCAAUUAUUCCAUUCUUUAUUCAAAUCGCUUUUACGAGGCAAGAGAGUGGGCUUUACUUUUUAAGAGUUUUGCAGCUUGUCAGGUUCAUUCGACUAUCCGACUUUAUAAGGCAUUCGGUGGGAUUCAAGGCUGCCAUGAAAGUAGUGCGUCGCUCAUCAAACCAAAUACUGUUUAUGGCAUUUUGGUAUACCACCAUCAUUAUUCUUUCAUCCAGUUUGAUGUUUUUGACGGAAAGAGGAGUCUUUGACCCGGAAAACAAAGUAUGGCUUAGAAGAGAUUCAGAUGGCCACUUGGAAGUCAGCCCAUUUCAAUCUAUACUUCAUUCAUUUUAUUGGUCUGUCGUCACAAUAACAACGACUGGUUACGGUGAUGACAUUCCAUACACCCUAUGGGGAAGAAUCGUAACGGGCGUCGCGAUAACGUGCGGAUUAUUGUUUCUUGUCAUACCAUCCUCGAUAAUCGGAUCGAACCUGAGCGUCGAAUGGACGCGUGCCCAUCGCCUGGCUAAGCUAAAGGAAACCCGUCAGCUUGCGCAAACGCCAAAAGAUCCUGCAAACAUCACGUCAUGGCAAAUAAAGUAUCUGCAGAGGCGUAACCGGGAAUUGUUGGAAGCGAUCGCUGAAGUGCAGGAUGUCCUGGCAGAUGUGAACCCGCGCAAGUACAGGGAAAUACAGAUGGAGCACGUUGCUGCUUUGCAGAAAAUCGUUGAAUUGGAAUCUGAGCUUGAAAGGUGGAAGCAGAUUGCGUGCAAUCAUGAGCGGUCGUCAAAGCGGGACGUGCCAGCCAACGCCGCCGUCGGCUCGUCCAUUGAUACACACUCGAUCGAGCAUUCCGUCAUCGCUCCCGAAUCCGCAUACACAUACAAAGACGACUAUGACCAUCCGCAAAGUGUAAUGACGGCUCAAGUGACAUCCUCAGCUCGACUCGCACCGAACACUCUGCUUCGCUCGGCCACUCUGCCGUGCGGAGAGUGUCCCAAGUAUAACGAUAAGAACGUGAUAUCUGCAAAGGAGAGUGGGUUGAUGGGUUUGUUUCAGCAAAGACUCGAUGCGAGCGCAAGAAAGACAGAUGAAGCGAGUGGUGUGACUAGUGAAAGAGACGGGGGUAACGUCACCGCCGAUGUUCAACAUGAAAUGGACAAUUUUCUAAACAGGCGCGCCGUCGAUGAUUGCAUUAUCAGCGAAGCUGGCAAGAAUGAGGGUAAUAUUAGUAGCGGUGGGGAUGGUGACGGUGAUGGUAACGGUGAGGCGGGAGGUAUUGAAAUUGUUGUUGAGCGUAGUAGCGGCGAUGGUUGUUAA